CCUGUAGGAAGAUUCACCGCAAUGAUUUGUAAAUAGGCGAUUUGUCUCCUGUAUAAUGUCCUCCCAUGCUCUCCAUAUAUUUUGCACCAUUCUGAACACUAAUCCACACUCUGCCUUCCAAGUCUUUUGUUUCAUGUGUUUUUACAUGAUUUGCUUCAGCAGUUCUGAGUCUUUUGUGACCAGAUCAGUCCGUAAAUGGAUCAGGUCGCAUUAGAGAUUGUGAUAAUCUCAGCUUACGAUCUGAAAAGUCUAACAAACUUUGGAAGGCCGAUGCGGACAUAUGCAAAUGUAUGGAGCGACUGCACAACUCAAAAUUCCACGCGAGUAGAUCGGCACGGUGGCAGAUAUCCUACGUGGAACGACAAGUUCCAAAUGACUGUGAGCAAGGGAUUCCUCAAGCAAAAGGGCUCUUCUCUGUUGGUACAAAUUUACUGUAAAACAAUGCUGGGCAAGAAGAGAGUGGGAAGCACUCGAAUGCCCUACUCUGAUAUUUUGGAGGGAUACACGCCACCCGAUUCCAUUCAUUUUCUGAGCUAUCGAAUCAGGUGUCCAAAUGGCAGUCCUCAAGGUACUCUCGAUUUGUCAAUCAGAUUUCUGGACAAAAUUGAUCCCUGCCUACACUCUUCAAGACCUCAAGCUGAGAUCAAGUUCCCGUCUUUUCCUUCAAAGUCGAAAAAAAAUGCAAGCUCAAGCGGUGAUGUAAUAAUGGAGAGGUGAAUGGGUAUGCAGUUGGCAUUCCCGUGUCGCAGUGGCACACUCAUGGCAGUCCAUGGUAAGUUGAUAUGAAUUCCAAUGGCUACCAUCACCAUAGCAUUGGAUCUUACUUCAAUUUGUGAGAAUAAGUCACAGAGAAAUAGGUUCAGUUAAAAGUGGGUAAGUGGCAUAGCCUAUGUUGGCAUCGUUUGACAGGUGCAUAUAUUAAGUUGAAGAAAUUUUAUUUAAAAAAAAUUAUCUUCAAGUAAUGUGGUAUAGGGUGUAUGAUAUAGCUCUGCUCUCCAUGAGUCCAGACUAGGCUACCCUUGCCGUCUGGAAUUGUGGAAAUGUGAAUGUGUGAUGGACCCUUUUGAAAAAGUGUCCCUGCCAGCUUGUAUUUGAAAUCUGAUUGACAAGUACUUCUUCAGAAAGAAAUGUUGUAGAAAGAAAUGUUGUGGUUAUUGUUGUAAUUGCAAU